CUAAUGUUAAAUCUCAAACUGUAUUGCCCUCACUGGAUAAAUGCCUGAGCUGCUGACUGCCCUGGAUAUUUGCAUCUGCUCCUUAAAUUAUUUGUGUACAACCCCCCAGAAAAGCAUGAACCAACCAGGUGACAGAAAAUGGACCCAUAUAUUCCGCUUCCUAAUGGUGUCUCUGUUGUGCUCUGUGCAUGCAGAUUAUGGUAACUGUGGUGAAAAUGAAUAUUAUAAUCAGACAACUGGAAUGUGCCAAAGCUGCCCUGAAUGUGAGCCUGGUGAAGAACCUUAUAUGAGCUGUGGUUAUGGCUUUAAAGAUGAAGACUUUGGCUGUGUUCCUUGCCAGUCUGGUAAAUAUUCAAAAGGAGGCUACCAGAUUUGCAGAAGACACAAAGAUUGCGAGGGAUUUUUCCGUGCUACUGUCCUAACUCCAGGGGACCGUGAGAAUGAUGCAGAAUGUGGGCCUUGUCUUCCUGGGUACUACAUGUUGGAGAACCGUCCUAAGAGCAUGUAUGGGAACGUGUGCUACUCCUGCCUGUCUGCUCCUCCAAACACCAAGGAAUGUAUUGGGUCAUCAGCCCCAGUUUCUGGCAGCGCCACCAUUACAUCAGGUUCCAGCACCAUCUCCCCUUUCCAACAUCCACACAAAGUAGAACUGUCUGGACAAGGACAUUUGGCCACAGCACUGAUUAUCGCAAUGUCAACAAUAUUCAUCAUGGCAAUUGCCAUUGUUCUAAUCAUCAUGUUCUACAUUUUAAAGACCAAACCUUCUUCUCAAGCCUGUUGCACUGGCCCUUCAAAGAAUGUGGAAGCUCAGAUCAAUGAACAAGAAGAGAAAAAGGAGGUGCCAGUGGAGAAUAUCUUUUCUGAAAAAGAUGAAUUUGAAAAACUGUCCGAGACCCAGACAAAAACAGAGAAAAAUGAAAAUGAUGCCUCGUCAGAGAAUGAGCGCCUUUUGAGCCGUAGCAUGGACAGCGAUGAAGAAGCAGCCAUAGACAAACAAGGGAGUGCGGAGCUCUGCCUCUUAUCAUUAGUGCACCUGGCAAGGGACAAGUCCACCACAAACAGCAAGUUAACAGGGAUCCACAGUAGGAGGAAAAAGAUACUUGAUCUUUAUGCCAGUGUGUGUAAUGUUGCAGAAGGUCUCAGUCCUACGGAGUUGCCUUUUGACUGCCUAGAAAAGACCAGUAGAAUGCUUAGUUCUACAUACAAUACAGAAAAAGCCAUAGUAAAAACAUGGCGUCACCUUGCUGAAAGCUUUGGCUUGAAAAGAGAUGAAAUUGGUGGCAUGACAGAUGGACUUCAGCUCUUUGAUCGCAUCAGUACUGCUGGAUACAGCAUACCAGACCUGCUUACUAGGCUGGUACAGAUUGAAAGGCUAGAUGCUGUGGAAUCCCUGUGCACAGACAUUGUAGAAUGGGCCCAAGGAACACCCACAUUAAACCCACCUUCUUCUUCUUUACCCACAAAUGAAAGUUCAUAAACUGAGAUGUGUUACGUCCUUCAAUAUUGAAGAAAUGAAUAGGGUUACACAAUGUGCACCCUGUAAAAUCCAGCAAGCCUAAAUCAUUUCAAAAUAGAAGAAUAUUUGCUUUUCCUGUAUAAAGAUGCACUUUGAACAUUCUGGAGAUACCUUUGUUGUUAAACAAUAUAUAUCAUUGAGAAGGAUUAUUCUCACAGAGAAUGCAAAUGGAAUGGCAUACUUCUUGAAAAGACAAUUGAAUCAUGGAUAACAUAUUCAAAAAAUGAGCGUAUAAUGGAAACUGGGGUAAUGCUUUCCAAAAGUUUUCAUCCUCCAUCCACAGUAUAAGACCAUAAACUCUAAAGUAGUUUCUGUUAGCCUGUGAAGAAAUAAAUUGUAGCAUUUUUGUUGCCGCCAAAUGAAAAAAAAAAAAAAAAAGAGACAUUCUGGACCAUCAAGACACUAUAAGGAAUGUGAAACAGAGUUCAUGGUUGCAGUUAUAAUAAAAGCCUACUGAAACACACAUGAAGAACACUUUUUAUAUUGCUGUACCUUGUGUUGACACUGAUAAUAAUUAUCUCUCUGCCAUUUAUGAAAGGAUAUACAAUAUAUUUUUGCUAUCCGGACAAAACAAGCAGGUUAUAAGCCAUGAAGUGACUUACAAUAACUAAGAAGCUACAACUGCUUAUAAAAACUCAUUCUGUUCAAUUUAAAGUGCAGAAUUAGCAAAAUGGUGAAUCUCUCUCCAUAACUGCUCAUAUGAUUUCCACCCAAAAUCAUUUCUAAGUGAAUUGUACUUAGUAUGGCCAAUAACUAAGCUCUGUACAAACUAUAAGCAAACACUGGCACUUAUUCCUCCUGAUGACUACUCCUUCAUUACUAAGGGCAUACAGUAUGUGCCUCUAUAUACACAGCCCAUUGCCAUAUAAAAUCCUAUUGGCUUUGAAACAGCUGCCAAGUCACAAGUAACAAUAAGCCUAGAACUUUUUCCAGCAAGUCCACUGAAGUAUAAGCUUUUCGUGUUAAUUUCAGUGUAAGUCUACCAUAUACACUUUGAUAAAUAUGUAACACAGCCAGAGCCUUUACACAAAAUCUACCCUGGAGGGCCAUUCAAUUUCUACUUUACAGUUUACACCUUUUUGCUGUAAAAAUGUAAACACAAAAUUGCAUAAACCUUCCCCCUAGGCUUUGGCUUUCUGAAAUGGGAUAAUGAAAGCAAAAGAAAACCGUGGGAGGAGAUUGUAACGUUAGCAGCUAGAAAGAAGCACAGGUUACAUGCAUGCUAGAAGUCAGCAACUGUAAUGCUUAUGUGGAAGAAUGUGAAGCCAAUGUAAAAUGAAGACUAAACAUUAAUAUCUACAGUAAUUAUUUCCAUUAAGAUAUCUUGGAAUUAUUAAAUCAACAUAGUUUCCCCUUAUUGUCACAGAAGUAGUCUGUUUUUUAAUGUGUAAAUUUCACAUGGAAUAAUGUGUCAAAAAUGGUUGUGGCAGAAGGAAUUUAACUUUUGUAACCAUUAUAUUCAUGUAUAAUAACCCUACCAGCUGAAAUAUCCUUAUUUUACCUUGUAUAAAAUAGUUUGUUACCACCAAGUUGAAUUAUGUACAUAUAAAUUAUUUUAUUGUAUAAAUAUGUUUGUAUGCUGGUAAUUAAA